UAUAGCUUGUUUAGGUUUUGGGUUAAGGUAUAUCUACAGGUUUAUGAUGUGCAAGAGGUCAUUUCUCCUAUGUGUGGGUCUGUAGGUGUGUUCUAUCCAAUGACUGCUGAAGAGAAGGUGGAUGCUGAUAACAGAUCGGUCUAUGUAGGCAAUGUGGAUUAUGGAUCAACUGCAGAUGAGCUGGAAAUUCACUUCAACGGCUGUGGUCCAGUCAAUCGUGUGACCAUUUUGUGUGACAAAUUCUCCGGACAUCCUAAGGGGUUUGCAUACAUUGAGUUUUCAAACCGGGACUCUGUGAAGACAGCCAUGGCUCUGGAUGAGACACUGUUUAGGGGUAGAAUCAUAAAG